GAUUUACAAAACGCACGUGUUUGUUUCUGUUGUUUAGCGGUUAUGAAAAGCUUUUUCUCAGUAAAUGCGUGCUAAAUAACAAAAUGAAUUCUAAAAAAGUGCCUAAAAAUCCUUCGCUGGCGUAUACCAGCAAUCCCAACUAUAGUAAACCACCAAAAACGGCUAAUCCGUUCUUACAAUGUCUAGGAGCGCCUCAUAUAGACUCGUUCAACUUCAUGCUUCAAGAUGGCCUAAAAGCAGCCAUAGCGGACUUAUUACCCGUUGAAUUCGAGGCCCCGACCGGCGAGAAGAUCAAAAUAGCUAUAGAGGAAGCUGCGUUCUCCAAACCUAGUGUUCCUUUGGAAGCUGUGGGUGUAAGAAAUCAGAGUAUAUUACCAACGGAGUGUAGACAACGCGCGUCCACCUACAAGGGUGAUUUCAAAGUUAGAAUCAAAAUGACUGUCGAUGGGCGGUCUACCACUGUGGACAGAUCCUUGGGACAACUGCCUAUCAUGUUAAAGUCUAAAAUGUGCCACUUAGCCGACAUGAGCCCAGAAGAGCUGGUGAAACACAAUGAACAUGCAGAUGAAUGGGGCGGAUAUUUUAUUGUGAAGGGCCACGAACGUCUUGCCCGUAUGCUGUUAGCGACCAGACGUAACUACCCAGUCGCAAUCAAGAGACCAACUUGGAAGAUGAGGGGAAACCUGUUCUCGGAAUACGGAAUAUUAGUCCGUUGUGUCACUUUUGACCAGACCAGCACUAACAACGUCUUACACUUCAUUCAAAACGGUACAUGCAAGCUGAUGUUCUCCCACCACAAAGUGAUGUACUAUGCUCCGCUGGUGCUGAUCCUGAAGUGUUUGGUGGACUGGCCCGACCAUUACAUAUACCGGCUGCUACUGCAUGGGAAGAAGAACGACUUGUACUAUACCAACUGCAUACAGAACAUGCUUCGCGAGUUGCACGAGGAAGGCUUGCAUUCUUCGGAGGACUGCCGCCUCUAUCUCGGCCGGAUGUUCAGGCAGAGACUGUACGAGCUGUCUGAUAGUGCUACAGACGAAGAGGCAGCCGACUUCCUCAUCAGCCGCUGCAUCCUCAUCCACUUGCCAGGUCCGAAAGACAAGUUCCACGCGCUGGUCUUCAUGCUGCAGAAGCUGUUUGACCUUGUCCAGAACAAAUGCAAGGUGGAAGGCGCCGACGCAGUAAUGGUCCAAGAACUGCUCCUCGGAGGACACCUGUACCUCCAAGUCCUCAAAGAACGAAUGCAGAGCCUACUGUCUAUUAUGCGGAUGCAGAUCAAUAAGAAGGCCAAAAUGUCAGGGAAACUGAAGCUGAAUGUGGUUGGAAAUCCGUUGACAAAAGAAGAUACAGCGAUGGUCCAAGAACUGCUCCUUGGCCACCUGUACCUCCAAGUCCUUAAAGAACGAAUGCAGAGCCUACUGUCUAUCAUGCGGAUGCAGAUCAAUAAGAAGGCCAAAAUGUCAGGGAAACUGAAGCUGAAUGUGAACGACAUCGGCGCGCUCAUAAAAUCGUCAGGCAACUUGGAACAGAAGAUGGAGACCUUCUUAGCAACUGGCAACGCGCCUUCCAACAACGUCAACCUGACCCAGUAUAAAGGACUCACCAUCGUCGCUGAAAACAUUAAUAGGAUGCGAUACAUGUCGCAUUUCAAAGCGAUCCAUCGAGGUUCCUUCUUCAUGGAGAUGCGGACGACGGACGCGCGCCAGCUGCUGCCCGACGCGUGGGGCUUCGUGUGUCCCGUGCACACGCCCGACGGCGCGCCCUGCGGCCUGCUCAACCACCUCACCAUGCAGGCGCAGGCCAGAGCGAUGCACCGCGGCUCGUUCUUCAUGGAGAUGCGGACGACGGACGCGCGCCAGCUGCUGCCCGACGCGUGGGGCUUCGUGUGUCCCGUGCACACGCCCGACGGCGCGCCCUGCGGCCUGCUCAACCACCUCACCAUGCAGGCGCAGGCCAGAGCGAUGCACCGCGGCUCGUUCUUCAUGGAGAUGCGGACGACGGACGCGCGCCAGCUGCUGCCCGACGCGUGGGGCUUCGUGUGUCCCGUGCACACGCCCGACGGCGCGCCCUGCGGCCUGCUCAACCACCUCACCAUGCAGGCGCAGGCCAGAGCGAUGCACCGCGGCUCGUUCUUCAUGGAGAUGCGGACGACGGACGCGCGCCAGCUGCUGCCCGACGCGUGGGGCUUCGUGUGUCCCGUGCACACGCCCGACGGCGCGCCCUGCGGCCUGCUCAACCACCUCACCAUGCAGGCGCAGGCCAGAGCGAUGCACCGCGGCUCGUUCUUCAUGGAGAUGCGGACGACGGACGCGCGCCAGCUGCUGCCCGACGCGUGGGGCUUCGUGUGUCCCGUGCACACGCCCGACGGCGCGCCCUGCGGCCUGCUCAACCACCUCACCAUGCAGGCGCAGGCCAGAGCGAUGCACCGCGGCUCGUUCUUCAUGGAGAUGCGGACGACGGACGCGCGCCAGCUGCUGCCCGACGCGUGGGGCUUCGUGUGUCCCGUGCACACGCCCGACGGCGCGCCCUGCGGCCUGCUCAACCACCUCACCAUGCAGGCGCAGGAGGCCUGUGACACUAAGGAGGCCUGUGACACUGAGGAGGCCUGUGACACUAAGGAGGCCUGUGACACUAAGGCGGCCUGUGAGGCCAGAGCGAUGCACCGCGGCUCGUUCUUCAUGGAGAUGCGGACGACGGACGCGCGCCAGCUGCUGCCCGACGCGUGGGGCUUCGUGUGUCCCGUGCACACGCCCGACGGCGCGCCCUGCGGCCUGCUCAACCACCUCACCAUGCAGGCGCAGGCCAGAGCGAUGCACCGCGGCUCGUUCUUCAUGGAGAUGCGGACGACGGACGCGCGCCAGCUGCUGCCCGACGCGUGGGGCUUCGUGUGUCCCGUGCACACGCCCGACGGCGCGCCCUGCGGCCUGCUCAACCACCUCACCAUGCAGGCGCAGGAGGCCUGUGACACUAAGGAAGCCUGUGAGGCCAGAGCGAUGCACCGCGGCUCGUUCUUCAUGGAGAUGCGGACGACGGACGCGCGCCAGCUGCUGCCCGACGCGUGGGGCUUCGUGUGUCCCGUGCACACGCCCGACGGCGCGCCCUGCGGCCUGCUCAACCACCUCACCAUGCAGGCGCAGGAGGCCUGUGACACUAAGGAAGCCUGUGAGGCCAGAGCGAUGCACCGCGGCUCGUUCUUCAUGGAGAUGCGGACGACGGACGCGCGCCAGCUGCUGCCCGACGCGUGGGGCUUCGUGUGUCCCGUGCACACGCCCGACGGCGCGCCCUGCGGCCUGCUCAACCACCUCACCAUGCAGGCGCAGGAAGCCUGUGAGGCCAGAGCGAUGCACCGCGGCUCGUUCUUCAUGGAGAUGCGGACGACGGACGCGCGCCAGCUGCUGCCCGACGCGUGGGGCUUCGUGUGUCCCGUGCACACGCCCGACGGCGCGCCCUGCGGCCUGCUCAACCACCUCACCAUGCAGGCGCAGGCCAGAGCGAUGCACCGCGGCUCGUUCUUCAUGGAGAUGCGGACGACGGACGCGCGCCAGCUGCUGCCCGACGCGUGGGGCUUCGUGUGUCCCGUGCACACGCCCGACGGCGCGCCCUGCGGCCUGCUCAACCACCUCACCAUGCAGGCGCAGGCCAGAGCGAUGCACCGCGGCUCGUUCUUCAUGGAGAUGCGGACGACGGACGCGCGCCAGCUGCUGCCCGACGCGUGGGGCUUCGUGUGUCCCGUGCACACGCCCGACGGCGCGCCCUGCGGCCUGCUCAACCACCUCACCAUGCAGGCGCAGGCCAGAGCGAUGCACCGCGGCUCGUUCUUCAUGGAGAUGCGGACGACGGACGCGCGCCAGCUGCUGCCCGACGCGUGGGGCUUCGUGUGUCCCGUGCACACGCCCGACGGCGCGCCCUGCGGCCUGCUCAACCACCUCACCAUGCAGGCGCAGGAGGCCUGUGACACUAAGGAGGCCUGUGACACUAAGGCGGCCUGUGACACUAAGGAGGCCUGUGACACUAAGGAGGCCUGUGAGGCCAGAGCGAUGCACCGCGGCUCGUUCUUCAUGGAGAUGCGGACGACGGACGCGCGCCAGCUGCUGCCCGACGCGUGGGGCUUCGUGUGUCCCGUGCACACGCCCGACGGCGCGCCCUGCGGCCUGCUCAACCACCUCACCAUGCAGGCGCAGGCCAGAGCGAUGCACCGCGGCUCGUUCUUCAUGGAGAUGCGGACGACGGACGCGCGCCAGCUGCUGCCCGACGCGUGGGGCUUCGUGUGUCCCGUGCACACGCCCGACGGCGCGCCCUGCGGCCUGCUCAACCACCUCACCAUGCAGGCGCAGGCCAGAGCGAUGCACCGCGGCUCGUUCUUCAUGGAGAUGCGGACGACGGACGCGCGCCAGCUGCUGCCCGACGCGUGGGGCUUCGUGUGUCCCGUGCACACGCCCGACGGCGCGCCCUGCGGCCUGCUCAACCACCUCACCAUGCAGGCGCAGGCCAGAGCGAUGCACCGCGGCUCGUUCUUCAUGGAGAUGCGGACGACGGACGCGCGCCAGCUGCUGCCCGACGCGUGGGGCUUCGUGUGUCCCGUGCACACGCCCGACGGCGCGCCCUGCGGCCUGCUCAACCACCUCACCAUGCAGGCGCAGGCGGCCUGUGAGGCCAGAGCGAUGCACCGCGGCUCGUUCUUCAUGGAGAUGCGGACGACGGACGCGCGCCAGCUGCUGCCCGACGCGUGGGGCUUCGUGUGUCCCGUGCACACGCCCGACGGCGCGCCCUGCGGCCUGCUCAACCACCUCACCAUGCAGGCGCAGGCCAGAGCGAUGCACCGCGGCUCGUUCUUCAUGGAGAUGCGGACGACGGACGCGCGCCAGCUGCUGCCCGACGCGUGGGGCUUCGUGUGUCCCGUGCACACGCCCGACGGCGCGCCCUGCGGCCUGCUCAACCACCUCACCAUGCAGGCGCAGGCCAGAGCGAUGCACCGCGGCUCGUUCUUCAUGGAGAUGCGGACGACGGACGCGCGCCAGCUGCUGCCCGACGCGUGGGGCUUCGUGUGUCCCGUGCACACGCCCGACGGCGCGCCCUGCGGCCUGCUCAACCACCUCACCAUGCAGGCGCAGGCCAGAGCGAUGCACCGCGGCUCGUUCUUCAUGGAGAUGCGGACGACGGACGCGCGCCAGCUGCUGCCCGACGCGUGGGGCUUCGUGUGUCCCGUGCACACGCCCGACGGCGCGCCCUGCGGCCUGCUCAACCACCUCACCAUGCAGGCGCAGGCGGCCUGUGAGGCCAGAGCGAUGCACCGCGGCUCGUUCUUCAUGGAGAUGCGGACGACGGACGCGCGCCAGCUGCUGCCCGACGCGUGGGGCUUCGUGUGUCCCGUGCACACGCCCGACGGCGCGCCCUGCGGCCUGCUCAACCACCUCACCAUGCAGGCGCAGGUGACCCCGGCACCAGACGCAGCGCAAGUGGCCGCACUGCCGUAUGUCCUCGAAAAAUGCGGCAUGGAGCCCAUAAGCUCGAUAGCCCAGACGCCCUUAUCGCACGACGUGUACAAAUACCCGGUGUUCCUGGACGGCCGCCUGCUAGGUUACCUGAGCGAGGAUACCGUGGAUAAGUCCGCCGCGUACCUCAGAACGUUGAAAGUCAAGGGCGAGGAAGUGCCCAUGACUACAGAGAUCGUUGUGAUUCCGAAGAAACAGAUCUGCGCACAAUACGCGGGCGUGUUCCUAUUCACGACAGAGGCACGUCUGAUGCGGCCGGUCAUCAACUUAGCCACGGGGCAGCUAGAGCUGAUAGGGACCAUGGAGCAGCUGUACCUGGAUGUAGCUGUGACGCAGACUGAGAUAUACAAAGGCAAAACAACACACUUAGAGCUUUCAAAGUCGGCAUUCAUGAGCAACUUGGCCCAACUAGUACCCAUGCCAGACUGCAACCAAUCACCACGUAACAUGUACCAGUGUCAGAUGGGUAAACAAACCAUGGGCACUCCCAUACAUACGUGGCAGACCAAUGCCGAAACCAAACUAUACAGACUACAGACCCCGGCUUCGCCUCUGUUUCGUCCUACGCAUUAUGACAAUAUUGGGCUAGACGACUAUCCCAUGGGCACCAACGCGAUUGUAGCCGUCAUUUCAUACACGGGCUACGAUAUGGAAGACGCGAUGAUCAUAAACAAGUCAGCUUACGAGCGCGGCUUCGGAGCCGGGUCCAUCUAUAAGUCAGACUUCAUAGAGCUCAAGACGCCGGGAUCAUACUUCCAGCGAGACCCCAGCAAGCCCGAGCUCAGUCCGUAUAUUGACGAAGAUGGAUUACCUGCGGUCGGAGCUAGGGUUCGGACUGACGACCCCUUUUACUGUUUCUUCGAUGCUGAGAAGAACCAGUACAGUGUGCACAAGUACUCGGGCAAAGAAGAAGUGUUUGUGGACAGCGUGCGACUGUGCGGUACCUUCGCCACGCGAUCCGUGCUCGCUAAGGCUUGCAUUAUGCUUAGGAUACAGCGUAACCCAACAGUGGGCGAUAAGUUCGCCUCCCGAGCAGGCCAGAAGGGUAUCUGUUCCCAGCGCUGGGCGGCCGAAGAUCUGCCUUUCACGGAGUCCGGUCUUAUCCCGGACAUCAUGUUCAACCCGCACGGCUUUCCUUCUCGGAUGACCAUCGCCAUGAUGAUCGAGUGCAUGGCGGGAAAGGCUGCGAGCAUGCAUGGACAUGUACACGACGCAACGCCCUUCCGCUUCAACGAGAAAGACACCGCCAUCAACUACUUCGGGCGCCUGCUAGAAGCUGGCGGCUACAACUACUACGGCACCGAGCGCGUGUAUAGCGGCGUGGACGGACGAGAGAUGACGGCGGACAUCUUCUGCGGCGUCAUACACUACCAACGGCUGCGGCAUAUGGUGUCUGACAAGUGGCAGGUCAGAACAACAGGCGUGGUAGACGCUCUAACGAGACAACCAGUGAAAGGUCGUCGCCGCGGUGGUGGCGUGAGACUUGGAGAGAUGGAGCGCGACGCGUUACUGUCUCACGGCGCCGCCUUCCUACUUCAAGAUCGACUGUUCCAUUGCUCGGAUAAAAGCGAGGCGGUGCUAUGCACAUCGUGCGGAACUCUUCUAGGCCCAGUGGCGGGCGCACAGCGCGAUGCGUGUCGUUUAUGCGCACGCGGCGCGCUCGUGACUAUCGCCAUUCCAUACAUCUUCAAGUACUUCGUCACGCAGCUGGCUGCCGUCAAUAUCAACGUGCGGAUAAAUACUGGCGCUUUACCCGCCAUUAAAGCGGCAUAGACAAUAAAAAAGUUGAUGUGACAUGGCAAAAGUGUGGUCACAGAGGCGAAAUAACAAAUUCGCCGCUAUCAAGAAAAGAAGAUGGAAGUGUUAUAUGAACUUUUCUCAAGUUUUUUUAUUCGGACGAACGACUGGGCUGGUUACCCCUAUGUGACGUCACUCACAGCUUAAAAAAGCAGGCUAUGGACAAUACCUUUGACGUUCACAAGUUCACAACUUUAGAAUAUGGUGUUCUAUAGCUGGUACCAGGGGUACCAUGAGAAUAUUUAAGUGCCUUUAUUAUUUAAAUCGCCUUUAUAUUUGACGAAAAUGACGUCUUACUAUUUAAAUAGAUGACAUAAAUUGACAUUAUCAAUCUAGUUUUAGUUUUAAAAAGAAAAAUCCUUUAUUAUUUAAGAUUUAUAUCAUCUAUUAAAAUAUAUCUUGUUUUGCAAUCAUUGUCAACUGGGUAAAACAAUAAAACAAAUUAUGAAAGAUAAAAA